AUGGCUGCUGCCACUUCAGUCUUGUACUUUCCCGAUGCUGCUGCCGCUAAAGCAGUCUUUGCCCACUAUAUGGUUGGCACUACCACUGAGACCCAUGUCCACACCGAUGUCGACGAUGCCGCAGCCGCCGGUCUAGACGGUUUUGCACUCAACAUUGGCGACCCCCGGCAAUCAUUCGUGACCGAUACUCUCUCCUACAUGUUCGACUAUACCGCGUCCAACCACCCCGACUUCCACCUACUUUUCUCCCUCGACCUCGCCGCAGCCGGCGGCGCCGGCGCCACGCUAACCGACUUCAACGCGCUGCUGAAGCAGUACACCUCGCACGCGGCGUACGCGCGCGGACCGGCGCCGGACGAGUACCCGUUCGUCAGCACCUUCUCGGACGGCGGCCUGACCAACGAGACGUGGGACGAGUGGCGCGGCAGCACCGACGCCUUCGCCGAGCCCAACGCCGUCUACCUGGUGCCCGACUUCGACGGCACCGCGGGCUACUACGACGGCGCCGACGGCUGGUGGGACUACUGGGGCGGCGUCGUCGACGGCCUGUUCAGCUGGGAGGCCGCGUGGCCCGAGAGGGCCGGCCUGGGCGGCGCCUUCCCCGGCGAUACGGGCCCGGAUGAGGUGGUUUCCAAGGCGGCGGAGGCGAGAGGGAAGGAUUAUAUGAUCGGCUUGAGCCCUCUGCAGUACAAGGAUGCGUACAACACCAACCUCUACCGCCCUGGCGAGCUCAACCUUCCGGAACGCAUGAAGAACAUCCUGAAGAUGAACCCUGCCCCAGAAUACGCCCAAGUAAUCACCUGGAACGACGGCCCCGAAUCCCACUACAUCGGCAACCUCUGGCCCGAGCAAAACACCGACGUCGACCCAGCCCGCUACGCAACCACCUCCCUCGCCCCGCACGACGGCUGGCAGCCGCUGAUCGGCUCCUUCGCCGCCGCCUUCCGCGCCAACGCCUCGUCCGCUUCCGCCAUGCGGCCCUUCGGCUCCGCCGAGACCGUCACGGGCGCGCUGUGGUACAAGACGAUCCUGCAGUCGACGACGUGCCCGCUCGAGGGCAACGGCGGCGUCUACGCCAAGCCCGACGGCUUCGACAAGGGCGAGGACGUGCUGAACUGGGCCGUCGUCGUCGGCGAAGACGCCGAGGGCUGGAAGGCCAACCUGAUCAGCGACGGCGAGCAGAUCGGUAGCGUCGAGCUGGUGGCCGGGUUGAACUACGGCAAGGCCGAAGGGGUCAAGGCUGGGUUCCAGCGGUUGGAGGUGGUGGAUGCCGACGGCAAGACGGUGAGGGUGGCGGCGGGCGGGAGGUGCGUGUCUACGGGCUGUCCGGACUGCAUUUACAACAUGAAUCCCCAGGUGGUGGGCUUCUCGGAUAACGAAUCCGAUGGGGAGUGUCCGGAUCCUGACUGUAGCCAGUAG